GGCAAUCACUUUGAUCAGUAUGAAGAGGGGCACCUGGAGAUAGAACAGGCAUCUCUAGACAAGCCUAUCGAAUCGGAUAAUAUUGGACACCGCUUACUCCAGAAACAUGGGUGGAAGCUGGGCCAGGGAUUGGGAAAGUCACUGCAGGGGAGGACGGAUCCCAUCCCUAUCGUCGUCAAGUAUGAUGUCAUGGGCAUGGGCCGCAUGGAGAUGGAGCUUGACUACGCCGAGGAUGCCACAGAGCGGAGGCGAGUGCUGGAGGUGGAGAAGGAAGACACCGAGGAGCUGAGGCAGAAAUACAAGGAUUAUGUUGAUAAAGAAAAGGCCAUUGCCAAGGCUUUGGAAGACCUCAGAGCAAACUUCUACUGUGAACUCUGUGACAAGCAGUAUCAGAAGCAUCAGGAGUUUGACAACCACAUAAACUCUUAUGACCACGCUCACAAACAGAGGUUGAAAGAUCUCAAGCAAAGGGAAUUUGCUCGCAAUGUCUCUUCGAGGUCACGGAAGGAUGAGAGGAAGCAGGAGAAGGCCCUUCGGCGCCUGCACGAGCUGGCUGAGCAGAGGAGGCAACCUGAGUGUGCUCCUGGAAGUGGGCCCAUGUUCAGAACCACCACUGUGGCCGUGGAUGAGGAAGGUGGAGACGACGACGAUUCCGCGGCCAACAGCGGCUCCUUCGUCCAGACGAGUUCUGGCCAGGCUGCAGAGAUGACUAUGGACAGAGGCUUCCUGAACACUGGACAGGGUGUGAUGCCAAGCCAGGCACCCUCCCAGGCAGCACAGGCCAUCAGCUUUGGCAUCAAGAGCUCUCUGGGGACUCCGCUGCAGAAGAUCGGGGUGUCGUUUUCCUUCGCAAAGAAGACUCCAGUCAAGCUGGAGACCAUCGCUUCUGUUUUCAAGGACCAUGUGGAAGAGUCCAGCUCUUCAGAUGGGGCAAAAGGGGAUGAGAGGGGGUCUUCAGAGGCUGGCAGCCUGCAGAAGUCUGGGGAGGGAGAAGGCACCAACAAUUCUGACGGCAAAGAGGACGAUGACCAGCACGACAAGGACAGCGGGUCCCUGGCCAGCACCUUAUCGAAACUGAAGAAGAUGAGGAGAGAAGAUGGACCAACGGCCAUGGAACCAGAGUACUACCACUACAUCCCCCCAGCCCACUGUAAAGUGAAGCCCAAUUUUCAAUUCCUGCUUUUCAUGAAGUCAACCGAACAAAUGGAAGCUGAAAAUGUGAACAAAAAAAACACAAAUGAAGUGAAAAAGGGGACUUCCCCCAAACCCAAACCUGGGAAGCACACGGAGAAAGCCACUGAGAGCACGGCGCAGCAGAAGGAGCAGAGUACUACUGAAACCACAUCCCAGCAGGGCAAAACAGAGCCAAAAGACAUCCAGGAGAAUGAAAGUACAGAGGAGAGCAAACACCUUCCAGAGAGCAAACCCCCCGAGCCAGACACUGCUAAAGAAGCUGCUCCACCUGCCUCGGGCUGCAGAGAUGGCUCUGAGGGACCAAAGCACCCGACAGGACCUUUUUUCCCAGUUCUGAGUAAAGAUGAGAGCACAACACUGCAGUGGCCUUCAGAGCUGCUCAUAUUCACCAAAGCUGAGCCCUCUGUGUCCUACAGCUGUAACCCCCUGUACUUCGACUUCAAGCUCUCCCGCAACAAAGAUGCCAAAGGGAAAGGGGCAGAGAAAUCCAAGGAUCCGGGGGGACUUUGUAAAGACAACACUCAGAGCACAGAGUCUGGUGAGGUGAGCAAAGCCAAGGAGGGUGAAAGUGUAGGCAACAGUUCUGCUGUGAAAACAGAGAACAAAUCCCAGAGCAAGCAGGAGUGUGGCCCGGGCAGCGUCGGUAAGGGGGAGGGGGAGGACAGCAGUAAGAGCAUAACGGGGAAGAGUAAAUCGGGGAGGUCCCACAAACACAAAAAGAAAAAGAAGCACAAAAAGUCCAGCAGACACAAACGCAGACACAAGGAGGAAGCUGAGGAGAAGGGCCGGAAAGCUGAGCUGGGGGAAGAGAAACCCAAGAAGCGGAAAAGGCACAGGCACAAAAAAGGUAAAUCCUCCCUUUCGACGGAGUCAGACCGGGUGCUGAAACCCGAACUGUCAGAAGACUGCAGCCACUUCCAGAAGAAAAAGCGGUGCUCCCAGGAGUCCCAGAGGAAAUCCCUGUCUGCCGAGGAGGGAAGCAGCGGUAAAAAAGAGGACGGGGGUAACUCCUGCCAAGAGCACGGCAGCAAGAAACACAAGGCUGAGCUGCAGCAGGUCCCUGCUGCGAGGAGGCGCUGCCCGGCUGUGUCCCAGGGCCGGCCCGGCCACCGGAGCCGGCAGAGCAGCGGCGACUACGACAGCGACGAGGGCUCCCACGGGAAGCACUGCCGGCAGAAAUCCCCGUCCCAGUACAGCGACGACUACGACUCCGGCAGCGAGCACUCCCGCAGCCGCUCCCGCUCGGGCCGCGGGCACUCCUCCCACAGGUCCUACUCCAGCAGCUCCGACGCCUCCUCGGAGCACAGCCGGUACAGCCGCCGCAGGAGCUACUCCGACGACAGCUACAGCGACUACAGCGACCGCUCCCGCUGCCACUCCAAGCGCUCCCAGGACUCGGAGGACGACUCCGACUACAACAGCUCGAACCACCGCUCGAAGCGGCGCAAAUACUCCUCGUCGGAGGAUGACUACAGCUCGAGCAGGAGCAGGUCCAGGAGCCGGAGCAGGAGCAGAACCCACCCUCGGGGCAGGUCAAGAUCGAGGAGCCGGGGCAGGACCCGCAGCAGCAGCUGCAGCCGCAGUCGGAGCAAGAGGAGGAGCCGGAGUGUGACGGGUCGGAGCUGGAAGCGGAGCCGCAGCUACAGCCGGGACCGGAGCCGCAGCACCCGGAGCCACUCGCAGAGGUCCCUGUCACGGAAGGGCUCACGGGGCCACGAGAGCCCCGAGGAGAGAAGGUCUGGCAGGAGGGACUUCAUCAGGUCCAAGAUCUAUCGCUCCCAAUCCCCGCACUAUUUCCGGACAGGCCGAGGUGAAGGAUCGCUGCUGAAGAAAGAGGAGGGCAAAGGAGAGGAUCUGAAAGGAUCUGGCUCUCUCUCCCAGAACAGCAGCAGCUCUGGCACAGGGCGGGCCUCGGAAGGGGACUGCAGUCCUGAGGAGAGAAACUCUGUCACUGCAAAGCUGCUUUUGGAAAAGAUUCAGUCCAGGAAGGUUGAGAAGAAGCCCUGUGUGGCUGAUGAGGUGCUGGCGGGGGCAAACAAGGUGGGCAUAAAGCUCAAAGAUCCUCCCCAGGGCUACUUUGGCCCAAAACUUCCUCCUUCCUUAGGCAACAAACCGGUUCUCCCGUUAAUCGGGAAGCUGCCAACGGUGCGGAAACCGAACUCCAAACGAUACGAGGAGUCUGGCUUGGAGAGGGGUGAGGAGCAAGAGCUGUCGGAUGCUGAGGACGGUUCCCAAGGCAUGGAGGAGGGUCAGCUGGCCGGGCAGUCUCUCCUGGAAGAUGUGGUGAUGGUCAUUCAGGACAAACCUCUGGACGAGCCGAAACGCGACGAACCUGCCGUGGAGAUGCCGUCGAUUCCCCUGGAAGCGCCGUCGCUCCCCGAGUGCUUUGGCUCCGGAGAUCUGGUCAUGUCACACAACUUCCUCUCGGAUCCGAACGAUGGCGAUGGGCUGGAACCCAUGGAUGGGGGCAGCCAGCCGGUCCCAGUGGAAACCAGUAUGAUGCCCUUAGUUCCAGACGUCGAGCACUUUCCUGGCUAUGUGCCUCAGAGCGGCGAGCCGAGCAUGGAAGGGGAUCGGGAAGGGGGAGAAGAUUCCUCUCUGGCCCCACUGGAGAGCCAGCCCAUCACCUUCACCCCCGAGGAGAUGGAGAAGUACAGCAAGCUGCAGCAGGCGGCCCAGCAGCACAUCCAGCAGCAGCUCCUGGCCAAGCAGGUCAAGGCCUUCCCCGCCUCGGCGGCUCUCUACCCGACCCUCCUGGCCCCGAGGCCCGCGGCCGCCGCCGCCGCCACGGCCUUGCACCUCCACCCCCUGCUGCACCCCAUUUUCUCAGGACAGGACUUGCAGCACCCACCCAGCCACGGCACAUGAAGGACAGAACGAAGGAACCUCAGAGUUCUGGGAAGGGGACGGAGCUGAUCCAGCGGGCGGGUGAGGCCUGAGCAUUUCCUGUCACUCUUGAGCAGCCGAAGAAGCCGGAGGCUCAAGGGCUGGGCGGCAGCGUUGUCCAUAUCCACUCCCAGGGAUGUCUCGCUCCCACACUUCCGUGCACGCAGCGGCACCGUUCCAAGAACCAUUUCACCUGCAGACCAGCGAGACACUUGGAAAGGCUUUCUUUUUCCCCCCCUGGGUUCUUACACUUGGUCAUCUUCCUUCUGCCGCCUUGUAUAUAAUAAAUGAGGUCUCAUCCACACUAAUAGGUCUCUCAAAAUCCUUUUAAUGAGGUCAUCUAAUUAAAAUAGUCAGCAUGAUUGACCCCAGUGUGUAAUUGGCGAUGGAACAUUCGGGAGCUGUCGGCUGCAGAUCCCGGCGAGGAGGCCUCAGUUUUCAGGCCUUACUCACUGCACAUGUGGGUUUUUUCUUGGUGUGAGCAGCAAAGGUGGAAGUAAGAUCUUACUGUAAAGAGGAGAAGGAGCUGUGUGUGUGCCCAGAGCUCCCAUCCUUCUCCAUCCUGCAUCCGUGUUCUCCUGCGCCAGGACCGCAGCUGCACAUCCCGGACUGGAGAGAGCUGCUCCUUGGGGUUGGGAAUUCCAGUCUGGGCUUUGACCACUCUUCUCCUGCAAGGGGGGGGGGGAAAGAAAUCACUCUGACUUCCAUCUUCUGUGGUGUUGGGAAAAAGGCACUGGGAUGGGAGAGAGAAGGAAAAUCCUGUUAGGAAUUGAAGCAAUACAGAGGACGAGGAGCGCGGCCGGGGGUGCGAAGCGUGUUCUUUCCUCUGUAACACUGAUGGUUGUUUCCUUAUUAAUUUAUAGGAUUAUUUUUUUUUUUUAAUGUAAAGAAUUGCACUGAACUCUGUAAACAAAGAUGCUGCUUUUUGUAGCUCCUAUCAAAGGUUACAUUUGUAGUAUAUCGCAAUAAUAUUUUUUACAGCCAGUUCUUAGUGGUACUUGUUCUGGUGGCUUCUGUGUAAAUAUGUUUGCUGUAGGUGACCCAAGACACUUGUAAAGGUUCAAUUUAUAGUUUCAGCUAGAUGCAGAACGAACUAAGCAUGUAUAUUUUAUCAAGCUCAUGUAUUUUUGAAGUUUUUAUGUACUAUAAAAUGUAAAAAAAAAAAAAAAAAUAAAAAAAAUCUUCAUUUAGAAUUUUGCAGAAGAAAAAAAAACACAACAGGUGAGACUUGGGCACAGUGAGGGGUGGGGGCAGUGGUGACUCCAGCAGGUGCUGCUCUCCUCCCUGCCAUAGGAAUGGGCACUGGAGCAGUGGGGAGCAGCAGGAAUUCAGAGUGUCUCCCAGAGUAUAGAUAUCCCUUUUUUUUCCCCCUUUCCUUUUCCUUUCCCCCUGUUUGAAGCAGUGAUGUGCACAGGCUCCUGGUGCAGGAGAGCCUUGGGACCGUUCCCAUCCCACACACAGGGUCACACUGAGCUGGGGCUGCCUGACUUAUUCCACGAGGGGUUUCCCAGUUCUUCCCUGUGGGAGCUUCCCUGUCCCAUCCCAGGGGAUGGUUUGCUGACAUGGACACUGCGGGUGCAGGUCCCCUCGUGUCACGGUGGUUGGGGCACCUCAGGGAGGCUCUGUAGGGUGGGAUUUCAGAGCAGGCACCGAGGGGAUGCAGUGGCACCCCUGUCCCCUUCUCCAUCCUCAUCCUCUUCCCUGUCCCCUCCUGGAGCGUGGAGUCAAAGGAUCAAACCCCCCUGAGCCUCCUCACUGUGUGAACGAGAAAUUGGAGCAGGUCAGAGUGACACAGGGGUCACAAAAAGGGACUCAAUUUCCUGUAAAUACCCAACAAUUCAGUGUUACUGUCAGAGCUGAGCUUUGUAGGGCCCGGCCCCAUCUCGGGGUUGUUUUUGGACUUCCAGGAUAGCGCUAAAAAUAAUUAACCUGUCAUUACUUAACGAGCAUAAACAGACUGUAUUUAACUUUGUCACAUAAGAUAUAUAUAUAAAUAUAUAUAUAUGCUGUAAAAUGAGGGAAAAAAAACCUUUCUAAUAAACCAAUGAU